AUGGAUGAUGAUUUAAGCAACAUCAAGAUGGAGAUACCGUCAUUCUUUGGUAAGAGUGAUGCGGAAGCUUACCUACAGUGGGAGCAGAAAACUGACAUGGUAUUUGAAUGCCAUCGGUAUUCGGAGAACAAGAAGUUGAAGCUGGCCACUGCAAAGUUCAGCGAGUACGCAUUGGCAUGGUGGAGCCAACUUGGCAUAUCCCGGAGGAGAAAUGGAGAGCAUGCUAUAGACACUUGGACUGAGCUGAAGAUGAUCAUGAGGCGUAGGUUCGUGCCUACCACCUACCACCGUGACAUUCAUCAGCGAUUAUCCCGACUUAUACAAGGUAGCAAGAGCGUGGAAGAUUACUUCAAGGAUAUGGAGAUGCUUAUGACUCGUGCUAAUGUGGAAGAGGAAGACGAGGCUACCAUGGCUAGGUUCAUCGGUGGGUUGAACCAAGACAUCCAGGAUCGAGUGGACACAUGUCAAGGUCGGGGACACUAUGCCAGAGACUGUCCUAACAAGAAGGUAAUGGUGAUUCGAGCGGAUGGAGAAAUCGAGACUGAGUCAGAAGGUGAGGAAGUGACAGAGAAGAUGGUGGUUGAUUCUGACGAUGAUUAUGUGGAGUACGGAGCAGCAAGAGGAGAUCUCCUAGUCGCAAGGAGAGCCCUUAACCUGCAAGUCAAAGAAGAGGCCAGCGUGCAACGGGAAAAUAUUUUCUAUACCCGAGGGAUUGUGCAGAACAAAGUCUGCAGCAUUAUCAUAGAUGGCGGGAGUUGUACUAACGUGGCAAGCACAUUACUGGUCGAGAAGCUGAAGUUGCCAACAACGAGUCAUCCAAAGCCUUACAAGCUUCAGUGGCUCAAUGAGAGCGGUGAGACCAAGGUGAGGAGGCAGGUUCAAAUACCCUUCACCAUUGGGGGGUAUGUAGAUGAAGUUCUCUGCGACGUUGUCCCAAUGCAAGCAGCACACAUAUUAUUGGGUAGACCAUGGCAGUUCGACACUCGAGCUCACCAUGAUGGCUUCACCAACAGGUAUUCAUUCGAGUUUAAGGGACAAAAGAUCCAGCUGACACCUCUCACGCCGAAGGAGGUGUAUGAGGAUCAGGUCAGACUACUCAAGUCAGAAAAGCAAAAGGCAAUGACGAGUAAAAUUGAGAAGGGGCAGAGAGCGGAUGGUGCGACUCAAAGUGUCAACCCGAGUGAUAUUAGUGAGACCCCACUCGUGACAGCGAGUGUUCUAUUUUCUACUAAAGCGAGAGAUCUCAAGAGAGCAUUGGUUACGCAUCAGCAGAUCCUUGUAAUUGUGUAUAAGGAUGUGUUAUUGACUAACGAGGCGAUAUCUACUUUGCAUGUUGUAGUGUCCUCGGUUUUGCAGGAUUAUGAAGAUGUGUUCCCCGAGGAUGUACCCGACGGUUUGCCCCCGCUUCGAGGGAUAGAGCACCAGAUAGACUUUGUGCCAGGAGCCACCAUCCUGAACAAGCCGGCAUACAGAACCAACCCGGAGGAAACAAAGGAGCUCCAACGACAAGUGACUGAGCUCAUGGAGAGGGGAUACGUGAGAGAGAGUAUGUCACCCUGCGCUGUACCAGUUAUACUCGUGCCUAAGAAGGAUGGGUCUUGGAGGAUGUGUGUUGAUUGCCGAGCGUUCAACAAUAUCACGGUAAAGUAUCGUCAUCCCAUCCCUAGGUUAGAUGAUAUGCUUGAUGAGUUACAUGGGUCCACUGUGUUUUCUAAGAUAGAUUUGAAGAGUGGAUACCAUCAGAUUAGGAUGCGAGAGGGGGACGAGUGGAAAACUGUGUUUAAGACAAAGCUAGGAUUGUACGAAUGGUUCAUAGGCAAGUUUGUGGUUGUAUACUUUGACGAUAUUCUAGUGUACAGUCGAUCGAUAGAAGAGCAUGUAGAGCAUCUUAGGGUUGUCCUAAGUGUUUUGAGGGAGGAGAAACUUUAUGCUAACAUGAAGAAGUGCUCGUUUUUUUCUGAUAAGCUUGCCUUCCUAGGAUUUGUCGUGAGUGCACAGGGUAUACAGGUCGAUGAAGAAAAGAUCGAGGCUAUCAAAAGCUGGCCGAGCCCGAAGACAGUGGGAGAAGUGCGCAGUUUCCAUGGACUAGCGGGAUUCUACCGGAGGUUCGUCAAGAACUUUAGCACUAUAGCCGCACCUUUGACACAGAUCAUCAAGAAAGACGUAGGUUUUCAGUGGGGGGCGGUGCAAGAAGAAGCCUUCCAAACUCUCAAAGCUAAGUUGAUUAAUUCUCCUCUACUCACAUUACCAGAUUUCACUAAGACGUUCGAAAUAGAAUGCGAUGCUUCAAGAAUCGGUAUUGGUGCUGUUUUGAUGCAGGAGAAGCGACCAGUAGCGUACUUCAGUGAGAAACUAAGUGGGGCACAACUGAGCUACCCCACCUACGACAAGGAGAUGUAUGCACUUGUGCGCGCGUUACAAACGUGGCAGCACUAUCUUUGGCCCAAGGAGUUCGUGAUCCAUACAGAUCAUGAGUCACUCAAGCAUCUCAAGGGUCAACACAAGCUCAAUCGAAGACAUGCAAAGUGGGUGGAGUUCCUAGAGACCUUUCCAUAUGUUAUCCGAUACAAACAAGGUAAGGAAAACAUAGUAGCUGAUGCCUUGUCUAGGCGUUACACAUUGAUAUCUACCUUGGAUGCUAGGUUGCUAGGAUUUGAACACAUCAAGGAAUUGUAUGAAUCUGAUCUUGAUUUUUCUGAUGUGUUUAUGGCUUGUGCCAAGGCUGCAAUGUUGGCUAUUGGUGGCACUCCUUCCUUGAUCUCAUAUGCCGGUGAUGGUUCCGAAGGAUGA